AUGGAGCGCUUUCGUUCUCUCGAUAUCCUUCAUCAUGGUGGUACUGUUGAGUUUGCCCCUGAAACAUAUUGCUCUCACUCUCUCGAGGACCUCCGGUCUACCCAGUUGUCAAUGUGUCUGGAUAUCAAACCGCGAAAUACUGAGUUUGGCGGAUUGAAAGAAGGGCAGUCAUCAAAACUGGAGGUCAGAGCGAUUGGGAAGCCCGCUCUGGGUGGUUGCAAUGCUGCCGGUUACUCUAAUGAGUUAACCAAUCUCCGUGGUGACCCCAUAAGAAGCCCUAAUGUUGCGUCAGAGGAAUCUGAUGAGAAAAUCCCCUAUAACCUUAGUGUUGAUUCCGCAGAAGUUAAAUCAUUACAAGUUUUGUGCUGUUCAUCACUACGCAGGUUGCAUGUAGCCGAAACACCACAAGAUUCGGUCACUCACGAAAGCGCUUAUCUUCCUCCUCACUCCCCAUCGAUACUUCUGACGUCAGCCGUGAAAAGCAAGGUUCUGCAGGAUAUUCCUCCACACUUAGAUCAAUCACUUUUAGGACGGAAAGAAGAAGAAGGACAAUGUGUGGCUGCCAUUACAGAUGUGACAGAGGUAGAAUGCCCAAAAGUUUUCGAAAACCCUGUGACUACACAAGUGGAGGAUCCUAAUAGCCUACAACCACCGUGCAACGAGUCAGCAUCCGUACUGUCCGUUCCCGACUCCGAUAACAUGGUGGUUGAUCAUGACGAAAGCUCGAGUGAUAUAUUAGAUGAUGACGAUGGUCUACUCGGAUCUCGCCUUCGAGCACAUCCUUCUGAAGAAAGUGACAGCCCUUCGGAAGAUGACUCCCUAUACUCAGAAAUAUCGCAUAAGUCAACGAGUCAAUACACCGACGCUGUUGAUAUUGGGAUUGGCACUUCUGAUAGUCGUGCACCGCCGGCAACCAAGGCAGUAGGAUCUCGUAAUUUGAGCCCAGAAUUGACGCAAGCAAACGAGCAAGAAGCCGGUGAUACUGGGGAUGUAGAUGAACGACUUGAUGCUGACCAGGAUAAGGCGAAUCCUGCAUAUAUUCCCAGAACUGGAACCUACUUUAUGCAUGAUUACCGCAGCUCAGAAAAUAGUAAAACCUCACCGCAGGCCGAUUCCCAUAAAAGCCGGGCAGACAGAAGUAAAUGGCAGCACGACAUGUUUCGGUAUUACGAGCAGGGUCCUCGGUCAAGUCGCGAGCUCAUCAUGCGAUAUGGUUACGAUAUUAGGGAGGGAAAUGCUGACUCGAAUGCACCCGAAAACGAACCUCACUCACCAUCAGUAUCCGCUGAACACCCCAUCAACCGAGAGGCAUUGACCACAAAACCUACCAGUUCACCGAUUCAUGAUGAUACUGCCCCACAUAAUAUCAAUUCUGAUGAACGCGGUCAGAGCCACAUUAGCCACGGACGACCGCGCCGACAGAAUUUUGCGGACUACCAACGUGAAACAAAGCGUAUGGAUCCAAACGUGGGCCAUACACGUGGUCGCUUCACACGGUCACUGGGCAUUAGACAUCAAUUCGAGCAGAAUGAGAUACCCAAUACCGUUUCUCAACCGAAUGAAAUGUCUUCAAAUCAAUUCCCGAAAUCGAGGCUUCAAGAUGGGACAGGUUACCACCGUGAAUCGGGGAAUAGAGGUCGUAGAGCUAGUCGAAACGCAAAUUUCGGCAAUGCAUCUUCAGCUGUCAGUGAUUCUACAAUGGAAUACCCUACCAUUCGCAAUGACGAUCCUUGUGCUUCCGACGAUCGGUCGAAUAAAGUAGUCCCAAACCUGAGUUAUAGCUCCUCUCCAGGAAAAGCACCUCAUGUUGGCCCUAAAUCUAGAGGUGGUUGGACUCCGGCUUUCUCACAUAGGGAUGAUAACACCCGCGUCGGGACGGCCUCGAAGAGGUAUUCAACGUUUCGACAAGCAACUUCCACCACUACCUCAGUUGAUGCAUCAGAAUUAACUUCACGACAAACUUUUACCGACCCCGGUCUGGGGACCCGAACUGUAGCUUGCAAUUUUGGUGACCACAAGUUUUCAGAAUUGUCACGGUCGCACACUGGAAACUCCUCCAUACCUGCCGUUCCGAAAAAUCCUGAUCUGUACAGUCAAACCAGACCGCUGCAGUGUCCAGAUAUUCAGCAUCCCAAUUGUACGCGCCUCGUGCAGGAACCAUCUUCCCAUCGGGUCAGAAACUCAAGGCCACCCUUUCGUCCUUUUACAACUGGUAAGGAUCACCACGCUCCCCAAGCAUCUGCAGCCGCCCUGCGUGAGUCAUAUCCAGCGGAUCAUUUGGAGUUUGGUUCGACUGAGUUUAGUACCUAUCGCAGUCAUCAACAAAGUGAGUUUGAAUGUUAAAUUAUUCCGGAGUACAUGAUCGCGAGACGCGUUCGACUGCUCCUGCAACUAAUCGAGUUACUCAGCGUCGUCCACUUUUGGGUAGGCAACCAUUCAAGCCCCUCGAGAUUCUAGACCCAGGGGACCAGUUAACUCCAGUAGCUGAAAACGCCAGAGUGGGAAACAAACGUGACCCCGGUACUGGCAGCUGGUUUGUCACGCCAAAACCCGUGUCUUCUAGCCAAGCACUUGAUUGAAGUUGACUCAAGGAACUUGUAUUUUCCAUUCAUCUUCCCCACUUGUGUGGUCUUCUGGUUUCUAACCUGUGAUCCACAAAUUGCCGAAUGUUGGUUGUUUAUUCACACAUUGUUGCAUGAUCCUUGCUGCAUCUGCAUGAAUUACUCUUAGUUCAUCCAUAUCACGUUCAUACAAUACAUAGGAG